AUGCGUGGAGUAGGCACGUGGAAGGAGGCGCGGCCAGCGCACGAGGGGGCGGGGCCGGGGGCGGAGCCCACGACCUCCUCGGCGCACGGCGCGCCCUUGGGCGGGGGGCUGCACGCGGAGGAGAACGAGGCGGAGCCCGGCGGCGGCGGCGGCGGCGGCGGUGGGGGCCUCGGCCACGACGACUGCACCAUCCAGAAGUACGAGAUCAUGAAGGACAAUCUUCUGCUGUACAAUCAUGCCAAGCUAAUGGCUGAAGAUAAUCGAAGCUCUGGAAAAGAGUACUUAGUAAGCAUUAUGUUCAGUCAUUAUGAUCAAAACAACAAUGGAGCUCUUGAAAAAGAAGAAUUGGAAGAAAUUGCAAAGAAGGAACAUCUUAAUAAGUUAGCUAAGGGUUGCAGCUUGGGUCAUAUGUUAGCAUAUGAUGAUACUGAUAAAGAUGGAAAAUUAAACAUUAAUGAAUUUUAUGUUGCCUUUAGCAAGCUAUACAGUGUUUCAGUGGUUUCUUUGGAUAAAGCUCUCGAAGUAAACCAUCUCUCAGCCAGGGUGGGAGACAAUGUUGAGAUAAAGUGUGACGUAACAGGUACACCUCCUCCCCCAAUUGUGUGGCGCCGUAAUGAAGCUGACCUUGCGGCGUUGAAUGAAGAUGAAGUGCGUGUUUUCAGUGACGGAUCACUGUACCUCACACGCAUACAACUCAUCCAUGCUGGAAAUUAUACUUGCCAUGCACAACGUAACAAAGAUGUUGUACAAACUCAUGUCCUUACAGUACACACAAUUCCCGAAGUUAAGGUGACUCCUAGGAUUCAGUCUCGGAGACCAGGAGAAGAUGCUUCAAUGUUUUGUCAUGUCAUUGGAGAGCCAUUUCCAAAGGUGGAGUGGCUGAAGAACGAUGAGUCGUUGAAAAUGGAUAACGGUCAGAAGUAUGAAAUCAUUGGAAAUGGAACUGAACUGCAGCUUCAUAAUAUUGGUUAUGCAGAUACUGGUGCUUACAUGUGUCAAGCAACUAAUAUCGGUGGUGUGACUCGUGAUAUAUCAUCAUUGGUAGUUCAAGAAGAUCCUACUCCAAAUGCAAGAGGAUUUAAUAAUAUUUCUGCACCAAGUGAAGAGAGAAGAUUUUUUUCAUUCCAUGACUGGGGUGUAUCAGUGUAUGAACCAACUGCUUGUCGCUUGUACCAUCAAAUUCAAGCCACAGACAUCAUUCCUGGAACGCAGGAAUAUGUAUGUGGAGAUAAGGGAGUGAAUUGUAGUUGGGGUCAGGCAAUCAAUGUUGCCAACCGAUAUGUGUACGUUGCUCAGCCUCGAAAGGAUCGAGUUUUGGUUAUUAGCAAAAUUCAAAUGGUGGUUGUUGAUGUUGUUGUAACUGACAAGUAUCCUGUGGAACUUCAUUAUGUUCCACACCUUGAUCAAGUAUGGGUUCUUAAUUGGCGCAGUGAAGUCAAUGAAGGAAUCAAAACAAUCCAAAUAAUAAGAGAUGCAGCACAAAAGAGGAAACAUCAUACAGUCCACCCUGAACCAAUAGAUGGUCAGUUUGACCUCGUGAAAGGACUAUUUAUGCCCCCAAUUCAGGAUAUGUCCCAUAUGUUCAAAUAUGGUUAUGUUACUCAUACAAAUCAACGUGGGAUAUUCAAAUUGGAUCUUGCGAAUAUGCGAUAUAUAAGAAGCAUUGAUCUUGCUCCUUACAACUGUGUGCCUCGACAAAUACAAUUCUCUGCUUUAUAUGGCUUUGUAAUUAUGGAAUGUGAAGAACCUAUCACAGGAAGAGCUACUGGACAAAUACUACUUGAUUAUCUCACUGAUACAGUUUUGAGUCAUAAACCUGGUUUAUUCGGGCAUCCUCAUGUGUCGCCCAACAGUCGUGCUGUUGUUACUUUAGACCGAGCUCGAGAUGGUGUCACCCUUGUAGUCCAAGAAGUAGUUGAUAGUGGACUGAAAUUUCUCUUUGAUGUGAAGACAACUUUAAACAUCAGUGACAUAACUUUUUAUCCCUCACAAACAACUCAUGGAUAUGAUCUAUAUGCAAGUGCUACUGAUAAAGAAGAUAUUCUAUUUCUAAAUUUAGUAACAGGAAAAGUAGAAAUGAUUACUGGUGUUGGGAAAGCUAUGCAUCCUUCUUUGGCCCAGUGGGAUGCUCCAAAUCGGCCAAUUGCUGCUUCUGGCAUAUUUGGUCAUUACAUGGUCACUCCAGCCAAUGAAGCCCUUUUUGUAGUCAAUGGAGAAACACGGACAGUAAAUUGUGAGAUUGGAGGACUGGUUCAUCCUCGUACUAUUGUCUGGGUUACCAUGCAGCUUCAGUGAAGUGACAUGUUUCAGGGAAACAUGAGAUAGGGAGUAAGACAUUACUUGUAGGUGUAAAUGAACACACCUUGGUGAUUAAGUAUUUAUGAUUUCUGAAGCAUAUUCAAGAACAUGCAUUGAGGAGACUUCUGUUGUUUCUGAGAAUGAGAUAAAUUGAAACCAUGAAAUCACAUGAAUGAUGUAGAGAUCUAUUACUCAGAAAAACAGACAUUUAUUUACAGUAAGCAUUAAUAUUAUUUAAAAGCCCUUUUCCAUCUCUUUGGACAUCAUUUUUCAGGACUCAAAACCACAUUUAAUUCAGAUAACAAUUUUUUUAUAUUCUGUAUAUACUGUGUAUGAUAAUAACCAUUAUGUGUGAAAACCUUGGGUUGGUGACUACAUAUCAUUUGAAAACACUUCCGUGUGAAUCUAUUGCCUGGAGUUGGAGGUUUAUGUCAAAUAUGCCUUGAAAGAGACUGGAACAUCUGAUGGCUUUAUGAACUAUUUGUACAUUUUAUUGUAUUGCUUGUUGAUUCAAAACAGCUUCAGAAACUCUUAAAAUAAUGAUGUAACAAAUACUUUUUCAGUUUGAUGAAUUUAAUUAAAUAUAUACAUAUACAGGAUACACUCAUCUUGAUACAAUGAAAUUUUUGACUCAUUUUUUGUAUCCAUAUUAUCAUAACUAUACAGAAAUAAUUUCUACUGCAUUGGUCUUUUUACUAAUGCAAGUGAGAUUCUGCUGAAGUAGAUGACAAACCAAAGAUUAGUAAUAACUAGAUCAAUUUACAACAUUAUUUCUUUAGUCAUGUUCUUUUGUUAUGAAAAUAGUUUGAGAUUUAUUUCGUGCAUAUUUAUUGUUUGUUACACAUAAUGCCUUAGUAUUAAAACAGAACUUUUGUGCUAGUCUGAAAAAAUAAAAUAUUGUUGGUAAAUUUUCCCUAGUCAUUCAUAAAGAAUCCUCCAUUUCAUUGAUUGAUUAUUUGUAAUUAUCUGUUAUUUAAUUAAACUGAAAAUAUUUUAAAUAUUGAUAUGCUUUGAAUUGAAAGUCAUUUUCAAGCAUCUGAACAAUGAUAUUUUAUUAUUAAAAUGCAAGUGUAUUAUUUGUGAUAAUUUCUUUUGGAAGUGUAAUGACAUUUGAUGGUUUGAUGUUGAGUCAUGUAAUAUAUACAUGAAAAAAAUAUCUAAUAUAGAUAGCAAAUAUCAAUGUGACAUCAUGCAGAUGUUUAAAGAAAUUUUAUAAAAGCUGUCAUUUACAAAUAUUGCUGCAGUGUAACAAUUAAUGACAUGUAUUAAAUUUGAAAUAUUUGUUCCAAAUGCUUGUUUUCAUUAAUACUGUGCAGUAAAAUCACUGAUUCAUAUGAAAUGGAGAAAAAAAGUCUUGCAGUCCAAUAGCCAAAUUUCUUAUUCAUGGAAAUUAUUUUCUGUUUUAUACAAAUGCAUAGCAGUGGGGCUGAGAUUAAUCAGUCAGCACUUCUAAUUGUUAAAAUUACUCUAAGCUGCCUUUUCUCCACAUUCAUGGUUUCCUAUGGCUUCCAUCUGACAUGGACCAUAACGAGAAAUUUGUAUCCAAGUCAUCAAAAUGCCCACAGUUCUUUCCAUGUACAUACACUGAAGUGAACCAUUAAUCCUGUUGGUGAAUUGGUCGUAUUAUCAAACAAUAAUUAAAUAUAAAGUUAAGUAUAUGAAUUAUUUUAUUGCACCACACUGCUGUAGAUUAAUUACAAUAUAAUGCUUGUCUUUACAUAUCUUACUGAAUGAAAUAAAGAUUAAUAAUAUUCAACAAUUGCUACAGUUGUCAUCAUGCAAUCAUUAUUACAGUCAGUGUGGUGCAUUGUCAUUUUGACAUUCUGUGAAAGGACUAAUUUGUAAUGGCAUUCAAAUAGAUAGUAUAACUAAAAGGAAAACGUAUUUUGAAAAUGUAGAAACAGAAAUGUACAUUUGAUUUAAUUGAAGGGUGUGUAUGUAUUAUUUAUGUAUCAGUAUUAAUAUCCUCUUAAAAUUUGUUUAAAAAAAUUAUGUAAAUCUUCCUUAUUGUAAUCGAUAGAAUUUUUAUUCAAUUCAUUUACAGUUUAUUUCAUUGUUAACAAAGCAGAUUUUUGUAAAUAGGCAUGUUUAAAGGUAAUAAUUGUUAUUUGUGUGCAUAUGUUCUCAUACAUAUCCUUAUUCUAAAUGUUUGUUAUUUGGCUUGCAUAAUGUAUGGGUUUUUCUCAGAAUUGAAGCGUAACACUGACAUGUCAAAAUGAAAAAUGAAGUUGUACCAUACUAAGACAUUUGCCAAAACCUUGUCUAACUGUACAUAAUUAUACCCAUGAUGAAACUCCAAGAGACAUAAUAUGAAGGUAUUGAAUUAUUUGUAACUUUGAUCUUUCUUAGAUUCCACAUUUAAAGAUAGUCAGAGGUUUCUAAGUGGUUAUUUUAAGAUCUUCCACUUUCAUUUUGUAUGCUACCACAAACAAGUUUGAUGGUGAGUUGAGAAUACGAAGCACAACCCAAAUUUAAAAUUUUGAAUAUUCUAAUAUUAAUAUGCACAUUGAAAAGCUACUCUUCUUGUAGACUAACCAAUAAAAUCUUUGACAAUCUAGAACAGUUCUGAGCACAUAAGCAAUGAGAUUGGAAUACUUUAAUGAAAAUGAAUUAGUGAAUAUUUUGAUAAUUUAGUAAUGUAAUAUCUAUUUUUAUAGUCAUUAAUGGAAAAGGCAAACAAGAUGAUUUUUUUUUCUUGUAAAUAAGGAAUGUCAAUCAAGGAAAGAACUGAUAAACAAAUAUGAUUGAUGUUGAACAUUUUCUUUUUUACAUUUCUCUUCCUAAAUAUAUUCUUUUUACCAAGAAACUACAAAUUUGGCUACACAACUAUCCUAUUGCUUUAGUAUUUAUACUUUCAAAAUAUAUUACACUCAUAUUUAAUUUUUUAAAUAUUAAAAUGAUGUUGGAAUGUGGGACAUUUAAGUAGCUCCAGCUGGUGUUUUGAAGUACUAAAAUUUGGGUUGUACUUCAUACAUGAAAGAAUGUGAAAGUAAUGUAUGUAUGUAACAUAAUUAAAAUACAUAUAUAGGGCAUAUGCAUACAUAGGAGCACAUUGACUUGGCAGUGUAUCUGGACAUAUUUAGAAACUUCAAGAAAAUACCUAGUCUUGUUGAUUCAAUAUGUAUGAUUCCUAAGAUGUGCAUCAAUACAAAGUCUUUUUUGUACAACUUUUUUAUCUGCCAUUUUUUGCAUGUAGUUCGUAGAAAUGCUAACUGUAGGUGUUACGUAUUCUUUAUUCACUUAUACAUGUCAAUAGUAUUUUUUCUUACAGAUAUUAAGAAGCUUUAUGACCUAUAAAAAUAAGCAGCAAAGUACAUACUGUGUAUAUUUUUAAUAAGAGGAAAUGACAAUGGCCUCUUUUGUAAUGAUGAUGAACUUAAUUUGAAUUGAAUAAACACAAUAAUGUGUAUAAAUGUCCGUCAUUGCACAGACUUAUAAAUGUAGAACAGAUAAUAAAUAAGUAUCAAAGUGGUGAGUAGUUCUGUAAACCAAUUUUAUUUUAUCGCAUAAAAAAUGCUUUCAAAAACACCAAAUA